GGGGACGACUGGGAAGGUUAUCACUGACUCUGCUCUGUCUCCGGUGUCCAGAUGGAGCUGUCCGGCUUGCUGCUGCUGGUCCUGCUGGGCCUUUCCUCCGCCCGACUCAAGGACAUCGUGGAGAGGAGCUCACAACACAGACCAAUCUCCCUGCUGAACCCAGAACUCGAGGACAGAGUUCCCGUACUGUCAGACAGCAGACCAGUGUCUGGACCCCUGAGACCAUCUAGUCUUGAGGAGGAGCAGCAGGAGCAGCCUUCCUCCUUCAUGUUUGGUGACAACAUCAAUCUCCAGUGGCUGACCUGGAAUGGCUCGCUCCCCAACGGCGCCGUGGCUAUUUACAACGGCUACACCGAACGCACAGACUACGUCUGCAAGUACCAGUGUGAGUCCGGCUUCUACAACCCCUCCCUGGGUACUUACUGCCGCUACCCCUAUGGAGACCGUGAAUACUACGCCCCCGAAUUUGAGAUCCUGGCCAACAAAGACAAUUUUGAGUUCGUGGAGUGGAUAGAAGACUCCUAUGGCUCCGUGCCCAAAUACUCUGUCAGGACAUGUCCCCAUGUGGGCAUCUACGUGGGCAAGAACAAGUACGGACUUGGGAAGGUGGUCCCUCAGUUCAAGGCCUUCUUCCUGCCCUGGGAGGGCGAUGAGUACUGGUACAAGACGUACCAGGUCCUUACCAUUAACAGAGAUGCCUACAGUCAGCAUAUCUCCGAUGUCAAGUACUUCAUCGACGAGGUAAAGAUAUUCCAGUACCCGCCGGAGACCAUGCGCAUCUCAGGGGUCACCAACAAUGAGUGCCAGCCGAUUGUGCAGACGGUGACCAUCUCCAAGACGACAGCGGUGGAGAGCACAUGGAACAUAGGCCGCUCCACCAUGCUGGGUGUCACAGCCAGCAUCACCGCCAAGAUCCCACUCAUCGGCUCCGGGGGCAUCGAGCUCAGCGGCGAAAAGACACUGCAGUUCUCCAAGGGGACGACCCUGGUGGAGACGCUCAGCCACUCCGUUUCUGUGGAGCUCACCGUCCCACCAAACCACUCCUGCAGUGUCCGCAUGGAGGGCCGCAAGAUCACCGCCGACAUCCCCUACACCGCGCGCCUCAGCCGCACCUACCGCAAUGGAGAAACCCAGUGGACCUCCAUCGCCGGCACCUACGACGGCGUCCAGAUUGGCGAGAUUCGUGCUGUGGUCGACCGCUGCGAGCCUUUGGCCGACGCCAAGCCCUGCCCCUGAAAGACUGAUUGGAGAAGAUGCAGAAGACAUUUGCCACGAAUUUGGUGUACCGCGACAUUAGACGUCACCUCACAUAGCAAGACGGUUAAGGAAACGCGUGACCAUGUUUGUCGCGUGAUCAACAGAUUAACUGCAAGAUAUCUUGUUUUCCCCAAAUGUAAAAACGUGCAAUAAUAAAAUAUUACAUCAUUAAAA